AUGAGUUCUGAGCUCUCGAUGGAUGUGAGGAACCAGACGCCAGUGGUGGAGUUCGUCUUCCUGGGUUUCUCCGGCAUUCCAAACAGCCACAUCUACCUCUUCCUGCCGUUCCUAGUCAUUUACUUGGUCACCUUGCUGGGGAACCUCUUGAUAUUUGCUCUGAUUCAACUGGAUCCCAGCCUCCGUACCCCCAUGUAUUACUUCCUCAGCCAUCUCUCCAUUCUAGAUAUCUGCAUCUCCUCCGUCACGGUCCCCAAGAUCCUGGUGAACUUCUUGCGCCAGCGACAGACCAUCUCCUACAACCAGUGCCUGGCCCAGAUGUUCUUCCUGAUCUCUUUUACAGGGACAGAAAGUGCAUUGCUGGCCGUCAUGGCCUAUGACCGCUAUGCUGCCAUCUGUAAACCUUUGCAUUAUUCCCACCUCAUGAACAUCAAGCUAUGCACCACCCUAGCCUUGGCCACCUGGGUCUGGGGCUUUCUAGACUCUGCUAUCCACACAGCUUUCAGCUCCAAGCUGCAGUUUUGUGGCGUCAACCUCAUUUAUCACACCCUCUGCGAUCUCCCUCCACUGAUGAAGAUUGCUUGCAACGAUGUGCAUCUCAAUGAACUGUUAAUCCAGCUAAUAAGCCGUCUUGCGGGUGGGUCUCUCUCCCUGUUCAUUCUCCUCUCCUACUUCUUCAUCAUGCGCUCCAUCUUGAAGAUCCGUUCCAUCACCGGCAAGCGCAAAGGCUUCUCCACCUGUGCCUCUCACCUCAUCGUUGUCGUCAUUUACUUUGGGAACGGGAUCCUAAACUACAAUCAUCCCAGCGUCGAUUAUUCCUUAGAGACGGACACUCUGAUCUCAACCCUGUACUGCAUCGUCACCCCGAUGUUGAACCCGCUCAUCUACAGCCUCCGGAACAAGGAGGUCAAAGGGGCCUUGAAGAAGGUUCUGGAAAGUCAGAGGACAGUCUUCACAUCGUCACACAAAGAGUAA